AUGCCACCCCUUGAACCCUACAGGGCCGCUCGCCCACGGCACCUUCGCCAGGCACCAGCGGCGCCCAAAACCCCAGAACCAUUUGCCGAAAGCCAAGCGCAGCCCCCGUCACCAGCGCGGCCCAAGUUUCGCUUGAGGAGGCGAACUACAUCAUCACAACUCAACGCCCCGACUCAACACUUUCUCGCAUCAGUUGCCGCCGCCGAUGUUCCCGUCCCCAGCAUUGAAGGGCCUCAAGUUUAUGACGACGACCAAGACAUGCUGAGCAUCGCGUACCCAUCUAUCCCCCAACUGGACCGGAUUGACGACGUCACAUUUGAACACCCCGGUCCAAGGAGGACCUUCUCGCCGCCCAAGACCCCAGCUCCCGAAUUGGCUCCGUCGCCGUCAACAAAGCAGUUUCCAGACUGGUCAAUCGACGCUGCCAUUAGCAGCCUUGAGUCCAGCCCCGAGUAUGACAGCAGCCGGCCCUCCACGGCAAGGUCGAGUGAGACCAGCUCGUCACUGUGUAGUCGCUUCUCUCUUGCAUCGGAAGACCUGAGCCAAUGCGCCAGCCCCGAGAGCGACCAUUGUGACCGGUUUGGCAGGUUCCUUUCGCCAGAGGAUGCCGGUAGGGCGGUUAGGUCGCUCGUGACGGCUACACGAUCAGCGAAAUCAAGAAAAGCCCCUUGGACCAGGGCAAUGAGCCAGCAUCUUUGGUCCACAUACGCCAUGUACCUGCAGGAUCCAAAGGUUACUCCUUUUCAGGUGGGCAAGAGCGGCAUUCCUCCGCCCGGAGUGUGCAUGCGCGUGGCCAGGGAAGCCAAGAGAAGCUGGAAAGGCUCGAGGCCUGUGGCCAAGUCGGAAAUCAAGAGCCGCAGUUCAACGCCAACGGCCGAGGCUGCCGGGCCAUACAUUGAGUGGCCACACACAUGCGCAGCUACUCGGGGUCACUUGCGAGAGCUUUGCAAAGCUCGCGGCGGGCCAUCUCGCAGCCUCCAAAACCUGUCCAACAGCCCGGCAUCGUUUGGCAAGUCUAUCAAUCGAUUUUGGAACCGUCGAUCGGCGCCGGCCCGCUCUCCCACGGUCUUCUCUGCUUCAGACAUGGCCAUGUCCCUAGCUAUCUGCACAUCAGAUUCCAUGCAACCUCAAGGGCCUUUGGCUCGGUUGACCGCCUCGCAGCCCGAACCGUCAACUGAGGCCACCCCACCGCGACUCCAGCCGAUAUUUGCCCUUGGAGACACCUUGGAUCAGCCCAGACCACCUCUCGGGUCUCCCUUCAUGGCCAGGAGUUAUGGGCCGAGCUCAUCAACAGGCUUGGAAGAGGCCUUUGAUGUCAGUCCCGAAGCCCAACGACAAGCCCGCACGGUUGGUACGCUGCGAGGCUUGAGGUCGCCUUUGAGACUCGACCAGAGUCGGUCGAGCAUGCAGAAGCGCAGAUCCAGGCAGUCCGUGUUGGAACCACAACGCACCAAGCGGCCCAGUCUGGGCUCAGACUUCUGGAUAGACCCGGCAAGCAACGAGAAUGCGGCAUCCAGCGCGCCCCUUAUCCAAUUCAGCUCCACCGAUUCCAACCACCACGACAGCCUCUUUGUCCCUCGCGCCAACUUGCAGGAACUCUUUGAGGCCUCACAUCCCGCUCCGUCACCAGCCGCCGCGUCCUCGGGCUUCCCCCCAAUAACUGGCUUGACGCCUUCACAGACUGUCCCCGCCCGGCUAGGCUCGCCAUUCUCAGCAAAGGCCGCGAGCCACUCAUUUCCGAACCGCCACUUCAGCGUCUCGACGAUCAAUGUCGACGCCGUCGUCCGUCCAUUUGCUACCGUGCACCAAGCUGGCGGGGAGGGUGUGAACAGUGCUGCGCCGUCGUCUAACAAGACGCCGCUUGCCAACCGCCUUGCAUACAUCGACGAACGCCUGAAGCGCUUUCGCCGCAGAGACAGAGAAGGUCGACGGUCGCAGUCACCUUUCUAA